GUAAGUUCCGCGGGGAGGAGAGAGGGAGUGAGGCGUGAGGCGGCGGGAAGAGGUUUAAAUAGCGGAGACAGAGUGAGAAGACAUUUUGAAAACAAUAAUUUUUAUUUGUGGCUGCUCCUUGAAGUCUAGCUGCAGAGUGCGUGGUGACGUUUUCUGAACUUCCAGUCUCAUGUCUCUCAUGGACAAACACAAAGUGAAGCGGCAACGUCUAGAUCGUAUAUUUGAAGGCAUUCGACCUCCGAUCAUGAAUGGGCCCAUGCACCCGCGCCCUUUGGUAGCGUUGCUGGAUGGCAGGGAUUGCACAGUAGAAAUGCCUAUUUUGAAGGAUGUUGCCACAGUGGCAUUUUGUGACGCUCAGUCCACGCAAGAAAUUCAUGAAAAGGUACUAAAUGAAGCUGUGGGUGCACUGAUGUAUCACACUAUCACUUUAACACGAGAAGACCUGGAGAAAUUCAAAGCACUUCGAAUAAUUGUCCGAAUCGGCAGUGGUUUUGAUAACAUUGACAUCAAAUCUGCUGGGGAUUUAGGGAUUGCAGUAUGUAAUGUGCCAGCAGCAUCCGUAGAGGAAACAGCAGAUUCGACAAUGUGCCACAUUCUGAACCUUUACCGGCGAACCACCUGGCUUCACCAGGCUUUGCGAGAAGGCACGAGAGUACAGAGCGUUGAGCAGAUUCGGGAAGUUGCUUCAGGAGCAGCCAGGAUUCGAGGGGAGACCUUAGGCAUUAUUGGUUUAGGACGUGUUGGACAAGCAGUGGCAUUACGUGCAAAAGCCUUUGGCUUUAGUGUCAUUUUUUAUGACCCAUACCUCUCAGAUGGCAUUGAACGUGCUCUUGGACUGCAGCGGGUGAGCACUUUACAGGAUCUGCUAUUUCACAGUGACUGUGUAACCCUACACUGCAACUUGAAUGAACACAAUCAUCAUCUUAUUAAUGACUUCACCAUAAAACAGAUGAGACAAGGGGCUUUCCUGGUCAACACAGCUCGAGGUGGGUUAGUAGACGAAAAAGCACUUGCACAGGCCCUGAAGGAAGGAAGGAUACGAGGGGCAGCCUUAGAUGUACAUGAGUCAGAACCAUUCAGCUUUAGUCAGGGUCCAUUGAAGGAUGCACCAAACCUGAUCUGUACCCCACAUGCAGCCUGGUACAGUGAACAAGCCUCUAUCGAGAUGCGGGAGGAAGCAGCACGAGAGAUCCGGAGGGCUAUCACAGGUCGUAUUCCAGACAGCCUGAAAAACUGUGUUAACAAAGAUCAUUUGACUGCAGCUACACAUUGGGCCAGCAUGGAUCCAGGAGUUGUUCAUCCAGAGCUUAAUGGUGCUGCGUACAGGUCACACUGCUGGGCCCAGGUGUUUCCAGGAGCAGAUUGAUGGAGGUGAUGGUUGGAAGCUGUGAAUUCUUUCUCUUGGAAGAGGCUGCUAUGCUGUGUCUUUUCCGACGCUAUACCAGGUCUUUUAAACUGAGGAUUUUUGCCUUCAUGGUGUUUGCUUGAAAUUUUGUACAGAAUACCUGCAGGAAUGGAUGAACCAGUUUCAAAAUCAAAUUUGAAUAAACAAAACAAUACCCUGUCACAUUCACAGGAAUUGAAGCCAAUUUGGUUAAUAAGAUUCAAAUUGUACUACUGAAACUCGCAACUAAUUUCAUUAGCAAUUGCAAAGUAAUUCCAGAAAAACUCUCCGGAGGAGCAGUUUACACCGGAAAUUUUGUAAAUUGAUACUUGUAAAGUUUCUUUGGAGGCACCUGGUGUGUGUAUGUUUAGGGGGAUGAAUGUCACAACCUACAGAUACUGUGAUUCCCCUCAAGAUACAAAUAUCCAACCCCUCAGGGUGACCAGGGUAAUAUCAAAUUCCCAGGUCUGCCAUUCGAUACCAGAAAGCCAGGCCAGGUUCCCAUUGCAUCAUGCUUGUGAUGGAGAGCUUCCAUGGGUUUCAGGUUAUGGAAGGAGAAAAGCUGUUUUCAUGUAAUCUUUUGUUUCCUCUACAAGUUCUCUGGAUGCUGGAGAUUUUUUCCACCCUGACAUUCGCUGCACUUAGGCAGGUUUAGAGGGGGAAGCAACACAAAAGUUUCAGAAAAGCUAAUUGGAGUGCGGUGAAAUGCCCAUGGCAUUCGGUUUGGAAUUCUCUAAUGACUUGGACAUCAACGACAGAGUUUUGGAUGCCGGUUCAAAAAGUUUCAAUAGGCUGCAAUUGCAAUUGCUGCCAUUUAAGCUUAAAUGAAUAAUAGGGUAUCAAAUACCACAGUGAGUAAAUAACAGCCCUAAAUGUUUAGACUUUUAAAAUGAAUAAACACUCUCUUAAAAGUCUUGGAUAAAGAGAACACCAGUUUAAGGAAAGAAGAAAUAAGUGCAUGUUUUUGAGGGAGUGGGAGAGUGAAUCAAAGGAUGAAAUAAGUGGCUAGAAUUAGAUAACCCUGAAGGUGAACUGUAGGUACUUGGCUGAAGAUAGAAACAUUUUUGUAAGAAAUACAAAAGAGGAUAAAACAUGCAAUUGUUGUUUAAAUGUAGCAAGCGCUAAUUAAGUAACGCCCUCAGAAUGCAGAAAUUAUGAGCCGGAGGUUUUCCUGUUUUCUUUACCUUUAACAUCACAGCCACUGUGAAACCAGCUUGAAGCAGUUAUUCUCUUCUGAACCCCCAAAAACUUAGACUUGGAUGCUUGAUGAAAGAAAGAGUAGCCAAAAUGACGGACUGCAUAAUUCUGUAUUUGUGCUCCUCCUCCUCCUGUUCCUUCCAGUUUGCCACAGGCACCUGCCUUUUUAAAGGCAAGAACUAUGGCAAGGUUGAAGUGCAACAAAUGUGUGGGUCUGAUUUUUUCCAGUUUUAGACUAAAAUUUGCAGUGCUACAGCUGCACCCUUAGCUGUCAAUGCUUUUGAAAAAUGUUUGCUUUUGGAGAUGUCAUUUUUUUCAGAUUUGCAGUGCCUUAAAACCAAGGCCCCUGAUAGACAUUACAUUUAAGGCUAGAUUAUCUGGUUAAUGUUCAAUCAGUUAAUGGAGUGAUAAACCAAGGAAUGAGCCACAAAGUUACCCAACAAGGUAUGUGUAAUGACUUUGUGCUAGUUCUUACUACACCUUUUAAUUGCACAUGUGGCCAGCGGCCAGCCUCUGUAUUGCACUGGAGCCUUUCAAGACUCCCAUUUGCUCUGGAGGCUGGAGGCCCCUCAGCUGAUUGCAUCUGUCCGACAGGGCUCCAAUGGCUGGACACCCCGCUCAGCUGAUCAGGGUUUCCAGCUGGGGAAGUGUACGCUUCCCUGGGUGGGAGCACCGAUCUGCCGACGGGGCUGUCAGGCGCAGAACUGCAUCGUGCACGUGGAAUGCUGAUCCGUUGAUGGGGACCGUUCACCCUCCCAGUUGGGAGCCCAGAAUGAGGCUCCCCUUGCACCGGCAAUAUGGCACAAUGGGAUCUGCUGCAGGAUCCCACAGUCACACCUCCCCCCAUGCAUAUGUGGCAUGGCAGGAAGUGUAAGCAUUGAAAUCCCACAUCAGAUCCCAUUGCGCCUACACUUUAACAUCUGUCGGGGGCCCAACUCGCGAUUUCAGAACUACACAAGAAACAAAAAUCAUUUGAUUAGCUUUGGCCUAAAAGGGGAAAUUCAGAAAAGUCAUGUGGCGGGAAACAAAGGAUUUAGACUCCCAGUAAAGUCAUCAGUGAAUUAGUUAAUUCGGGUUUUAACUUCAGAAAUAUAAAUGACUUUCAGUUUCCAUUUCUGUUGUUCAUUGUCAUUUAGGCUGCCAGAGGAACUAACAAAUCUGGCAUCUGAAGGAGUUAGCAAAUCCCUGUAUCUAAUUUGGUUAAGUACAGCAGCAAUUGCAUUAUUGCAUGGUCAGUGUAAUCUUGAGACUUACAAACACCUCUGGUUCUGCAAACGCAACAAAAACCUUUGCAAUUCUCUUUGCAGGAGCCCAGGUGGACUUUCCUAUCAGCCGUCUCUGGGUUUUAAUGAACGUUCUCACUUUCCUC